CACGAUCAACCGCUUCCCUUGUCACAGUUCACAGAGCCCAGUGCCGCCCACCCAGUGCCAGUGCCAUGGGUGCCAGCAGCGUGGGCACCCAGUUCAAGUGUUCCCUGUGGCGCCAUUACCUAGGACACCUCAGACAGUGGGCAUGGGUGGUGGGCGCCCUGGUGGUGGCCCUCACGCCCUUCGCCCUCCUCGCCGGUCUGAAGUCUACAGCGCCUCCAGAGAACGUUGAAGCCUGUCACUUUGAAGCGCGGGGCCUUUCGACGGAAUGGCCGCUUGGUCUGCUGCAGUCUUUCGUGUGUGGGAUGUCCAAUGAGUGCCAAGAGGAGGGCCAAGACGACCUGCUGGACCACUUCCCGGGAGCUGCGGUAAACGAGCUUAUCAACGCGACGUACCUUAUCGAUGACAGCAGCAGCAGCAGCCUCCUGGACCGCCUGUUUGCCCUGCCUCGGAGCCUCAACCUCCUGAAGGGGCUGACAGACCUCAUCACCACCCCAGCCCUCUCUGCUCUCAUGGAAGACGGCUUGGAAGUGAGCGACAUAGUGAAGUCCCCCUCGAUACUGGCUGCCACGUUGACCUCAGAGCAUGACCUUGACCCGGCUGUGGUGGAGGCCUUCCUGGAGUCUCGCAUCAAUGUGUCCAGGGUGAUCUCCCUUGCUGGGGUGCGGGGUCCCAAGGAGGUGGUGUGCUCCCCUCAAUACUUGGGAGAGUUCCUGGUCACCAACAGCACCCACCUGGUCACUGAUCUCUCCUGGGCCCUCUGCCACCUCCCUUUGUCCGAGGCCGCUAACGUUACUGCAGUCUUCCUUGCCUCUCUUGAUCCUGGGAGGCUAAUUGUCAAGGUUGGGGAGGUGAUAGAGGCAGCCGGGGGAUACAAUGCAGAAAUCCUGAUGGAGCAGGUAGGGAGCCUGGUGGGUGCUGUGGGUCGCCUGGAAGGGUUGGCGCCCCUGGCCUCCUCCUUUUCCCCCAUCCUGAGUGCCUUGGAGCCUGCCAGGAGAGCCAUGGAGAUCUUGACCUUGAGUAUGUGGGAUGAGGUUAGCUUGGGUGACUUCCUAGGGUUUGUGGAGGGUGCAAUGGGGUCCCUCAGCACCGACAGCUCCAGAGUACUCACUGAGAUGGUGGAGCAGGCCACAGAUGCCACACUUCACCUCCUUGCCAUCGCUGAGAACCCAACCAACUUCACAAACCAGCUGGAGGGGCUUGGCGACCCAUGGGAGGCUGUCCUGACGGAGAUAGGGGUCACCACAGAGGGCAUCGUGGAGGAGAUGGAGGUCGUGAUAGGGUAUCUGAGGCAGCACCCUGUACAGCGCUCCCUCAUGUCACUUGCUGCUACUGGCCUGGCUACCUUGCUGCAUGUGGAUCCCUAUAACACCACAAGGUUUGAAUGGGAGCUGGAUGAAGUACUGAACACCAUACUGGAGGAGUCUCGGGUUCCUUUAAACACCACCUUCGCCCGCACCCUGCUGCCCACACUUCACUCUGCCAAAGUCUUCAUGCAGGCUGUCGAUGGUAUGGCGUCGCUGGUGGUGAAGGAGCCCCCCUUUCCUCUUCUCCCUUCCCUCAGCAUUCUGACUCUCCUCUCCAACUGCUCCCAGCUCAAGACUGCAGUGGAGGGGGAGGGGCUGGCUGCCUGGCUGUGUGGCGAGGAGUCCGUGGAGCAGUGGGGUCUGGAGGAGCACCACUCUUAUUCACUGUCGGAGAGGCUCUGCAGUGGUGCCGGGAAGACUCAGCUUGCAAACAUCACACAGCUGCUUCAGAACGCCCUCAGCUACUCACAGGAGCCACAGGACAGCAUGACGGCCUCAGAGGUGAUGGAUGCUGUGAUGGACCUGCUCAAGACCCUGGACUCCUCGACACACAUCCACCAGGCCCUUAACCUGACCGAGAGCACCCUCACUCCCUCGCUGGACCUGGAGUGGUGGCGGCGAUGGCGGCCUGAGGGGGAGGUGGUGAUGGGGCAGGUGGGAGGCAACAGCUCGGAGCCCCUCUUCCCCGUCCUUCCAGCCCUUGGCAGUGACGGGUUCCAGGAUCUUACGGAAGGAGUGAAAGACUCAAAGUACAUCAUACAAAGGCUGGUGAGCAUCUACCUGAACCUGGUGGGAGGGGGUUGUGGAGGUGCCCCAGGGUCCCUCGCCUCCGUCCUGCCCCCCGGAGGUCUGGAGAAUGUGGCAGACAUUGUGACCUCAGUCCUGGACACACUGGUGCACCUGGCGGCUGUGACCCAAGACCCAUGGCUGCCCGGUGACCUGCUGCGGCAUCCCAAUAUGACCUCCUUCCUCACCAGGAUCCUGCCACCAAAUGUGAUGGUGGUGGUGACUCGAGGCUUAGAGGUGGCGCAGUCCCCCUGGGUAGAGGUACCAGCGCCCAUCCCACAGCUGCUGGUGCUCCUCAAUGCAACUCACUCUGCUCUCGUCUCUGUGUUGGAGGAGGGGGAUGUGUGGGCAUGGUGUGGGGAGGGAGGCUGCCCACACUUGGCCAGCCUGACAAGCUACGCCCACCUGCUGCCUCACCUGGUGGCCUUACCUUACUUCACUGGCAUUGUUAAGCCGGGAGAGGAGGAGAUGCAGAUCCUAGCCAACAAUUCUUCCUGGAGGUAUUACCCUUGUCGGCCCCCAUCCAACACCACUGCUGCCUCCCUCACCAUGUUCUUCCCCCCGACCUCCUCCUUCAUCGCCACCUCGCAGCCGACCAUCGAGAGGGUCAAGGAGGAAGUGGAGGAUCUCGAGAAUUACCUGUGUGACAAUUUUGAUGUGAUAGUUGAUGAGUUGACGUCAAACGAGGAGCUUACAUCUGCUGUCAAGGCCUUCAUGGAUGACCUGACAUCCGACAAAAUCAACCUGGGUGCUGCUGUGAGUCUUCUGAGGUCACUGUGGCGCACUGUGACCCUGCUUGACAUCCCUGAGCUGGCCAACAACCUGACAGGGGGAUCACUUACCCUUGAGGAUUGGGAGAGACCCUUCAACUCCCUGGCUGUGAACAAGAGUGACCCUAGGAGAGUGCUGGUGGAGGAGGUGGAGCGGAUGCUGGAAAGACUCCUGGAUGAAGAAACGUGGAAUGGGACUCAUGUUACAUACCGCAACAUCAACUUAGGUCUUCAUGCUGCCCUCAACAUCUCCACAGCCCUCACACACACCCUGCAGAAGGGAGGUGUGAGUCUGGCAGACCUGCUUGGUGUGUCGUCAGAUGACCUGCUCUUCUCCCGCUUGCUGCAGGGUCCCCAAGGCCUGGCUGACAUCCUGCUUGCUGAGAUGAACACUUCUGUUAUCACUGCUGUGUUGGAUAGGGACGUGCACAGCUGGCUCAGCGGGGCGUGCAACCGCAGCAGAGACUGGAAUGCAUGGGUGGAGCUGCUCUGUAACUUCACCCUUGGCGAACCAAUGCCCAGAUUCAUGAGGUCCAACCUGGCGGCGACUGUUUUGGAGGCAGUGGCACAGUUCACUUCGGCAGAGACACCAUCACCACCGCCACUACCAGUGUCACCCUCACAGCUUGUCACCAGUCUGGAGAACCUUGGUGAAGCUCUCCGCCAGUUUGACUUCACCAAGCCUCCAGUCGUGCCUGAUUUCAACCUCCUGGUGAACGCCUCACGGUGGGAGGCAGACAGACUGCUUGCCGCUCUGAGGGUGAUGCAGGAGGACUGGCCAUUCCUCCUCCUGGACGCCCUGGUGCAGAGGGGACCAGUGGAGGUGCAGGCGGUGGUGAGGGAGACUGACUUUGCCCUCUCCUUACUCCUGCAGGGACUCCCUUCCUCUUCAGGCACCAACACCACCAUUACCGAACUCUACCAGGUCCUCAAUACUUCCUGGGUGGACCUCCUGGCUGGCAUCCACCACAACAUCCACCGUGAAGUGCCCCUGGAGACCCUGACAGUGGAGAACGUCUGUGGGGGGAAUUCCACCCUUGAGGAGCCUGAGGGAGGUGACGGGAGCUUCCUGGAGGCUGUCGAGAAGCUGUGUCUCUUUGUCUCCUCCAACCCAGACAUUUUUGAGGAGGUUAAAUAUUUACAGAACACCUCAGCCCCACUGCCGUCCACCAAGGCCGUGUACAGCAAGAGCCAGGUCGUGGCAGGCAGUGUGCAGCGGCUGGUGGUGGCGGCAAGGGACCAAGGGGUGAGGGACGUCCUUGGCUGGCCGUCCUUCUUUGUCAAGGAGAACUGGAGGCGUCUCUUGGGCAAGAUUUACCCGAAUGUUGCUGAUGAGAUCACCGCCAAGGACCUGGAGGAGCUGGUACCGUCCAUGGUGUUGGUUUUGGGGUGGCUUGGUAUGCCCCAGAAUUCCACCUUCCCCAAGAGUAUUGUGCUGCAGGUCAAGUGGAUGAACCUCAUGUUGGCCCAGGACUUGGAGGAGGUGCUAAACAGAACAGUGGUGCUGAGUGGCCUGGCCGACACCCUCACCCUCACUUCCCCCGGGGCUCUGAAGGACCUUGUACAGAGCCUCACUCAACACCCUGACAAGGUUGGAGAAGCUCUGGUGGCACUGGAGGGGGUGGAGAGCUGGAUGGAGGUGUGCCAGCUUAAUGUGAGUGCCCUGGGGAGUGAUGUCGCUGCUCUACUUAAGGAGGUGUGCCAGGUGAAGGAGGAGGACCUGGUGCAGGAGCUGAGGAGCCUCUUGGGUCUUGAUCUGCUGCUGCAACCAGACCCUAUCAUGACCCUGGAGGAUUCCCUGAAGCUCCUCAUGGCUUACAUCUCCACCCUGGAUGAGAUGGAUAAGGUUAGGACGCCCCUUGCUGCCCGCGGUGGCCUCGUGCAGUACCUGGGGCUGCAGCAGUGGAUGGACGUGCCCUCCGAUGCCUUCAAUGUCACGCUGGAUGAGAUGGAAAUGAACAGCACCAUGAUUGUGGCCGGUGUGCUGGGCCCCCUGGUGGUACGGGGCAGCGAGGACACUCCGGAGGGCCACAUCAUUAUGAACGUCCUGUUCCUCUUGAGUAGUUACCUGCGGAUGGUGCGCUGGUUCUUGCUGGCAUCUGCAGGGAGUGUGAAGGAGGCUUACAUGGACAAGCCAAUGGUGAUUCAGUUCCUAGAUCUGCUGGACCAGUCACCGGAGAUUGCCAAGGAGUACGUCAGUCUUCUCAGCCACUUCUCCACAUUAUCCAAGGUGGUGGAGAUGCCAGAGGAACCACCGUGUACCUUCCACAUGUCCCUUCUGGAGAAGCUAGCAGAGGUGGAGGGGGUGGAGGAAGGCAGUGAGGGAAUGAAGCUUCUCAACAAAACUAUUCUCUUUCUUUGCGACAACUCCACUCAGUCGUCCCUCUGGAGACAGCUGCACCCAGGCUACCCUCCGGUCAUUAUGGGUGAGGUUGUGGCUGUGGAUGCAGCAACCCUCGGCCACCUGCUGACAGACGUGUGGAGGGGCGUGGCGGAUGCAGUGAAGGGACGGCAUCCAAGAGGGGCCUUCCACCCCCCGCCUUGGCUUGCAGAGAAGCGCUGGGAUGGGGUGUACCAAAAACUGCGGAAUUUUACCAAGAGGCCACUGGGGGAGCUGGUGCCGGAGAUGGCCUUCCUGGGGCUGUCGGCUGCCCACACACAUUCCCCGCCCUCAUGGGUAAACAACACCUUGCCAUUGGUCGCCUCUGUGGUGUACCAGCUGUCCCACCGCCUCGCUCAAAGCAUUAAUGAGACGACUGGCACUGUGGACCUGUCAACAGCAGUGCAGGACCUGGGCAGUGUGAAGGAGGUGGUGGCAUUCAUGGCUCCCAGGCUGCCAACCCUCACGUCCCUGGCUCUGUGGUUCCCCGAGUCAUAUGCCAGCUGGAAGUUCUUCCGAGGAGACCAUUGGGUUGAGAUACUAGAGGAGAUGUGUGAGAGAGGACCUCAGCUGCUCCUCCUGCACCCCAGACUCCCACAGCAGGAGUGGGAGGCCUUAAGACACACAUUCUGCAACCUUUCACUUCCCCAGCUGGGUGAAGACCUCAACCCACUGUUCAAUGUGACAGAAGUUAUGAAGGGUGAGACGGUGGACUUGAACAAGGUGAAGGAGGCAGUAGGGGAGCUGAUAAGGAGUCUGGCAUUCCUGGACCCCUACAAGCUGGAGGAACCCUUCUCCAGCAAUGCCUACACACUCACCACGACUCGCCUCGGCCCAGUGCUAAGAAUCAUUCAGGGCACGCUGGGACAGUUGAUCUGGCUGCGUCGAGGGACAAUGGAACGAAUGAGCAAGUCGUCACAGCACCUGGCAGCACACACCUUUGCAAUGCUCAUGGGAGCUGUGGAUCCAAUCACCUCAGACAGAGAUCACAGCCUGCUAGAGAGACUGGUAGACCCUGACCUGUUCCUGCAGCUGGUCAAGGAUUACCAGAACAUUCAGCAGCACAUGAGGGAUGCAGUAGUGAGCCAUGUUAAACCUCCCAACUAUGACUCUAGCGAAAGAUACCCGUUGUACGGCCAGGUGUACUCCGACACAUAUGCAACCCUGCUCAACCUGACGGAAUCCCUGGCAGUGCCCCGUGUGCCAGGAGGUGGGAUGCCACCGGGAGAGUUGGUGGAGGCCAUCCUGUACAACACGCUCUAUAAUGGAGGAGAGAUCAUCAAAAUUCAGAAAGAUCUGACAUGCAACUCAUUCUUCGUGGAGGUAACUUUGAAGGGGGACUUUGUGGAGAUGCAGCAGUUGGUGGAGGUGGUGGAGAGGCAGCUGCUGGGAAAGGUGGAGGAGCACGUGGAGCUCAUGUGUCGCUUUCCAUCCUCCAACCUGACGCAGCUGUUGAGGAGCCUGUGGGAGGAGCUGGGCUGGAGGGAGGAAGUGAUCAAGGUGAUAGAAAGUGCAGAGACCAGGAACACCACUGUCCUCUGUGCCACCUUGGUGGACCAGGUCAUCGCCACUUAUGAGAAGUUCGUGGAAGUGGUGCAGCAGUAUGAGAGGGAUGAGGGGGCCAGGACACGCUUCACUGGCUGCCUGAGUGAUGUCGUCCACUCUGAUGCAGGACAGCAACUUAUAGGGCUCAUGGUGGCAACAGGGGACCUCCUCAGAUCAGUCUCCACCUCAGCAAACCUUACAGGGAUGUUUGCCUCCCUGAGAUCGCUCCCCAGGAUACCUCGGGCCCUGAGAACACUGGCAUCCCGCGUGUCCGUCAUGGUGCCGCUACAGGAGGUGCUGGUCAGGGAUUAUGACGAGAAGCUGAACAUGAGUGGCAGAGUGUUGGAAGCCACGCAGCGACUCCUGGUGGAUGUCAACAGGAUUUACCCGGGUGAUGUGGAGGAGCUGGCAGUGCUGAGUGAGACGCUGGAGGGGAUGCAGAAGUGGUGGAAGGUGAUGGAGGCUGAAGGGGCCAACCAUUCCUCAAUACAGGGCCCUGAGGAGGAGACACCCUUAGAAGUAUUGUAUGAGUUUGCCAAGAGCAGAGGGCCUGACGUGUUUGCUGCAGACCUCCUGGAGAAUGUGAACUACACGUAUCUUCUCAGUGAGGUGGAUAAUAUGAGGAUGAAGGCUAUUUUGUCUCUCACCUGGCUGGAAUCCCUCAUCUCCCAUCUCUUUGUUGCUGUCGAGAGUCUGACGGUGCUUAGUCGGUCGGGAGGUGUCAUGGAUCUUGAUAAGAUGAUUAGCAGGGAGGACCCAGUGGCAUUCCUCUCAGAGUCUGUUGAGUUUAUACACCUGGAGCAGUGGAGCCACCUAGCCAAGAGCUUCCAGGGCCUGUUGGAGGAAGGGGUACCACUUCUGACGGGGUCACAGCUGGGGGAGGACCUGCAGAGUGUGGUGGAUGGCGUGAACAGCAUUGUGGCGGUGCGGGACAUGGGACUUCUCGACUUCAAUGUGCCUGUCACCUCCUUCAUCGUCAACUGGACAGGGCUGGAGGACUACCUGCUGAGGGACCUGAAGAUGGAGCCCAGUGUAGUGGAUGCCUUGGCCACUGCACAACUCAACCUCCUCUCACUGCUGUCUCUGGAGGGGUCAUCAGUGGAGGAGAUGCUGUGUGGGGGCCACCAGAUGGGCCGCCUGGUGGUGCUGCCAGCCAACACAGAGGUCACCCCUGCACAGCUCAGCUCUGCCCUCUGCUCUACCAACGACACCCAGGCCCUUGCCACCUCCUUCCUCUCACACCUCAACCUGACUCCACUCAUGACACUGCUCACCAGGUUUGGAGUCAAUGCCAGCCUGUCCUCCCACGGCUUGAGUCUCGAGGAGGUGGCCAAGGCGAUAAAGAACGUAACAGAGGUAUCUGAGUACCUGCCCACAAUCCUCACCACCCUGAGAGCCUUCCACAACCUGUCCGAGAUCCUGCUUGCCCCUCCACAGGCUGAGAUGCUCGUGGACAAUAGGACAGUGGCCACCAUUGGGGACAUUACCUCCCCUGAGUUCCUGGAGCGUGCCGGCCAAGCUCUGUGUGGCCGGCCCCUCACACUGAUGCCCGACAGGUUACAACUGCAGAAAACCAAAGGAAAGAAGAGUUCCUCGUCUGGUGAAGAGCUGGGUGUGUGUGAGAGGCUACACGAGGACCUGCGUUCUCUGCCUGGCGGUGGGCUGCUCUUCCACUACAUUAAGCCUCUUCUCACUGGAAAAAUAUUCUUCACUCCUGACAACACCAUCACCAGAGCCAUCAUUGCCCAGGCCAAUGAGACGUUUGAGGCGGUGGACCGACAGCGACAGAACCUCAAGAAGAUGUCCCAGGAGGCAAAGGGCAUGACAAGCUCCUCCACCACUGAGUUUGACCUGAAGCGGCUGGAGGAGGCCCUGCAGUCUCCGUGGGUGCAGGGAGCCAUGAAGGAGCUACUGCAGUCUGUUCCUUCACCCGUCUCCUCCCUUGACUUCUCCUCCUUGCCAUCCAUCCCCUCCCUCAUGGCUAACCUGAAGGAGGCCACCCCACAGCUCCUGGAGUCCUCUGAGUUGGUCAGGGAGUUCUCCGACGUGCUGGAGGUCGGGGUGAGUCUCAUGUCCUGCAUGCAGCUCCAGAGGUUCAUCCCAGUGAGCAAUGAGAGUCAGCUGCUGGAGGAGGCACAUGAGGCAGUGGAGAGGAGGGAGUUCCUGGCAGGCGUUGUGUUCCAGGGUGUGGGGGAGAGCGGCAGCACAGAGACUGUCCUGCCAGCUGACCUCACUUACACCAUCCGAGUCGAUUACAGCAAGAGCCCUCCAACCUUCCUUCUCGGACCCAAGUUCUGGCGUCCUGGUCCAUACUCUGACGUGGCUUUCUACAUGAGGUACCAGCAGGGCUUCAUACAGCUGCAGGAGACUCUGGAACGUGCCAUUCUGAAGCUUUACCACCAGCAGGCCAAGGCAGGACAAGGGGCAGCAGGACAGCGGAGGAAGCGUUCAGCAGACUCCCCACUGCCACUGACAGAGGAGGAAGAGGACUUGUUGCUGAACCUCCCCGUGCACACCAAGCAGCAGCCAUACCCAUGCUACACCAAGGACGACUUCCUGCAGAUGGUGAAUGAGUCGCCGGUGAUGAGCUUCAUCUUCUCGUUCCUGUCACUGGUGCUCUUCUCCACCUUCAUCAUCCAGCAGCUGGUGCAGGAACGCGAGUCACGUAACAAGCAGCUGCAAGAGGUGAUGGGGCUGCGGCUGUGGCUUGACCAUUUGGUGUGGCUGCUGUGCUCGCUGGUGCUGCUGCUCAUCAUCGUGCUGCUGUCUGCCUUCCUCCUCUCCUUCGGGGGACUCCAACCUCGGGCGGACUUUGGGCUGUUGCUGCUCUUCCUCUUCUGCUAUGGCCUCAGUGUGGUGUCCUUCUGCUACCUGGUGGCCUGCCUGGUGCCGACAACAGUGCUGGCGGUGUUCACUGGAGUCAUGUUGCUGCUGGUCUUCAACAUUCCCUUCGUGUCCAUCUCUGUCAUCCAAGCCACUGUGCCUUUGAGUGCCCUUAUAAUGACUUGUCUGCUUCCCUCGACCGCAUUUGGUUUCGGCUUCCGCAUCAUCUGUCAGUAUGAGCUGGUGGAGGAGGGUGCCAACUAUGCCAACUUGUGGACUCCCCCAACCAAAGGCUCGGAGAUGACGUUGGGCCUGGCCAUCUCCAUGCUGCUCCUGGACACACUCCUCUUCUUCGUCAUCACCCUCAUCACCACCCACCUCAGGAAUGGUGCUCCUCGGCGCCGGCAAGGAGAGGGCAGUGCAGAGGCUGCCAACAACCGCUCCAGCUUUAUGCAACACUUCUCAGGCAAACAGACUAAUGAUUUCACCCUCAACAUGUUUCCAGAGUGCCGUGUGGCCGACCUCUCCGGGGCUCCUGACUCUAAGGUGGCGCCAGGCAAGGAUGAUGUGAGCUCCAUAAAAAAGGAGGCUGUGCAUGUUGUUGACCUCGACCUGGGGCUGAAGCAGUCCCUCCAGAAGGGCCUGAGCAUCACAGGACUGCGGAAGAUCUACCACCAGGGUGACAGUGAGUCGCGGGUGGCAGUGGACGGCAUGACACUUGACCUGUAUGAGGGGCAGGUCCUCGCACUGCUGGGACACAAUGGUGCAGGGAAGACCACCAUCAUCUCCAUGUUGACCCAUGAGGUGAAGCCAACAGCUGGCAAGAUUGAGGUGUACGGUGAGGACACCAGCACCAGGGAAGGGUGGGAGAGGGCACGCCAGAUGAUUGGACUUUGCCCCCAGGAGUCAGUGCUCUUCCCUCUCCUGACAGUCGAGGAAACACUGGCUUACUAUACGGCCCUCAAGCAGCACCCCUCAGAUCCACCACCCACUGAUGUCUCCAAGGUGCUGGCCAACAUGGAUCUGCUGGAGCACCGAUACUACCUGUCCCACCAGCUGUCAGAGGGGCUGCGCCGGCGCCUCUGCAUGGCCCUGGCCUUCGUGGGUAACUCCAAGCUGGUGGUCCUGGACGAGCCCACCUCUGGCAUUGACCCGGCAGCGCGCUCUGUCAUGUGGGAGGUGAUCAGCAACAAUCGGAGUGGCCGAACCAUUCUGCUCACCACACACCACCUGGAUGAGGCUGAGACACUGGCUGACCGUGUGGCUGUCCUGCAUAAGGGGCGGCUGCUGUGUGUAGGCUCCCCACUGGCCCUCAAGUCGGAGUAUGGCAUUGGCUACAGCAUUACCCUCAGCAAGUCCACCCUGGCGCCUCCCUUGCCGCCCACUGACACCAAGACUGACACCCUGCACGCCUUCAAGGAAAAGUCUGCCCUCUCCUACUGUGAGCUGCCCUUGAAAGUACACAAACCCAACAAUGAAGGUUUUGGUGGCAAGGAUGAGUCGGGCAAGGACAGAACCUGGGAGCUGCUGACCCAGUACGUCCCCAACGCUCGCCUGCUGGAGAGUGUCAAUGGGGAGGUGACGUACUCCCUCCCCAUCAACGACGCUGCUGGCAACACUAACAGACUCCCGGCGCUGUUCGGGGAGCUGGAGAAUCGCCUGAGGGAGCUGGGGUACGUGUCGAUGGAGCUGCGGCCAACCAGCCUCGAGGACGUCAUCAUUGCCCUCAACACCAUUAAUGCCUUCGAGUCCUCCUCCAACCGCACCAGUAUCAGGGUGGAGGCACCCCUCACCUCCCAGAAAGACCUCACCACUGCCUACAACUUCACCCUGCAGCCGGCCACGUGCUGUGUGGGGCUGCGGCGCCUCCUUGCUCUGCUGCACAAGAGGCUGCUGCACCACGGCCGAGACUGGCACUUCUAUGUUCAGAUGUUCAUUCUACCGUUCCUGUUCAUCCUGCUGGCAAUGAUUGCGUCCAAGCUGCGCCCAAGCUUCAGCAAGGCCAGACCCAUCACCCUCAACUCCUCCCUCUACCCAGCCCCUGCCACCACCUUCCUCAGGACUCUUGAUCCCACCCUUGAACCCCUGGCUGAGGAGGUGACCCGAAUCUCCCUGGGGCUUGAGAACGGAGCAGGGAAUUGGUCCUCUUGCCCUGGAUUUGUGGCAGACACCAACCCUGGCAUAGAGGAGUGCAGCAUCUCUGGAUCAAGUGUGCAGUCAAGCUGCCAGUGUGUGGAGGAGAGGUGUGUGGUGGAGGCGAGUGGACAGCCAAGCCUCAAUGACUGGAUCCUCGCCACACGCACUGACCACGUCCAGAGCAGACACGGCGGCAUCACCCUGGGCGUGAGGGACCCGAGGGAGGGCGACGAGGGCAGGCCAGGGGCGCUGGUGUGGUAUGACAAUGCAGCCUACCACGCCCUGCCAGCCUACAUCAACCUGCUCAACAAUGCCCGGCUGCAGCGGCUGGCUGGCCCUCACCACUCCAUCACCGCCGUCAACCACCCCAUCGUGUUCACCCUGCACGGGAUGUGGAGCAUGAGCAUACAACAACAUGUGGCUGACCUGGGCAUUGGCUUGCUGGUGCUGGUGGCACUGACAGUGGUGUGCUCGGCCACUGCGGGCUGUGUGGUGGCCGAGAGGGUGCGGGGCGAGAGGAGACUCCUACACCUUGCUGGCCUGUCCAAGAAGACCUACUGGAUUGGCAGUGCUCUCUGGGAUACUGCGGUUGUGGUGCUGAACAUUGUGCUCAUCUCUGUGGUGUUCCUGGCAUUCAAGGAGCAGCAGUUCAUAUGGAGGGAGAACUUGGCAGCUUUCAUUCUCCUGGCCUUCCUGUAUGGACUCAGCAUCCUGCCUCUCUUCUACCUGCUGGAGGGCUGGUUCAGGACGGAAGCUUCAGCCGUCUUCUUCUUCUUCUGCUCCUUCUUCGGGGUGGGACUCAUCACCACCCUGCUGCUGGUGGUGUGUCAGGUCAUGUCCUACAUCAAGGAGGGGGAUUAUGAGAGGGCGUCGGCAGCCAUUGGGAUGAAUGACACAGCAGCAGUGAUCAAGUAUGUGUUCCUGGUGUUUCCGCCCUUCACCUUCACCUGCAGCCUCAAGGACAUGGCCGCCAGCUACACUAGGGCGUCUAUCAUGGCUCGGUUUGACAUGGACCUGUACCAGUCACCAUUCAUGUGGGACAGUGACCUGCAGGGUGGCCUGGGGGUGUACAUGGUGGCCCUUAGUGUGUGGGCGCUGGUGGGCUGGGCACUGCUCCUCUGCCCCCGGCCCAAACCCCACCCUGCCCCACUGCCUGUGGCCGGGACAGCUGAGGAAGACCAGGAUGUGGCAGCAGAGAGGAUCAAGAUCCAGUGUGGCGGCACCUCCCUCUACGAUACUGUGCUGCGGCUGGUGGGCCUCGGCCGGGACUUCAGCAGCCCCCCCAUCACGGCAGUGGGCAGUCUGUUCUUGGCUGUGCGGCGUGGUGAGUGCUUCAGUCUGCUGGGUCUGAAUGGUGCUGGCAAGACCACCACCUUCCGUUGCCUAACGGGCGACCUGCAGCCAUCCCGGGGUCAGAUCCUGGUGAAUGGGCUGCUGCUUGAGGAGGCGCUGGACCUGUCCACACCUAUCCUCAGCUAUUGCCCACAAGAGAAUGCCCUGGAUCCUAACCUUACCCCCCAAGAGGUGCUUACCAACAUGGCCAGGAUCAGGGGUGCUUCUGGCCCAAGGACAAACAAGGUGGUGCAGCAGGCCAUCAAGCAGCUGGGCCUGAGCAGAGAGGCAAACACCUACGUGCGGAAUCUGUCUGGCGGCAACAAGAGGAAGGUGUCAGUGGCACUGUCACUGCUGGGCAACCCUCUCCUGGUGCUGAUGGAUGAGCCAACCACAGGCAUGGACCCAGCAUCACGGCGGCUGGUGUGGCGCGCUAUACAGAGUGUGUCACAGGACAGUCGCUCUGUGCUGCUGACAUCACACUCCAUGGAUGAAGUGAACCAGCUCUCCCACAGGAUGGCCAUCAUGGUGAACGGCCAGUUUGUCUGCCUUGGCUCACCACACUACCUCAAGCACCGACUCGGCGACAGGUACACGGUGAGGCUGAAGACGAGGGACAUUGAAGACAUGACCUACGUGGUGGAUUACCUGCGCAGUCAUCUCAAGGAAGUACUGCUGAAGGAGCAGCAUCACCUGAGUCUGGUAGUGGAGGUGAGUCGUCAGAUGUCCCUGCAACUCAUCUUCGACACUCUCAAUGCAGCAAAAUCUUUGGGAAUCACUGAAUAUGAUGUGUCCCAGACCACGCUAAAUGAGGUAUUCCGGGUGCUGACCUCGCACCAGGGUGACGGCCUUACUCCUCUGCCCGUCAACAUUGCCCAGAGCCGAGGCAGCAUCCCCUCCCUCCUUCCUCACCACCAGCCAGCCCAGACUAAACUGGGCAAGGACAUGGGCAAGGACAACACAUUCCAGCAUCCAUCCAUCCUUUCCCCAGUGGAGUGCAUCAAUCCCACAAUCCCAUAUGGCAACUUUAAGUAUGCACUGAAGGGACACGGGAGGGAUGGUUCACUUCCCCCUGAGAGCAGGUCAGCCAGUGACAGCCCUGAAGAGGAGUGGACGCACCUCUGAGUCACAUGACUAGUGAUGCAAAACUUGUGCCGUCACCUUUGAGCCUCGUUGAAUGAACAGUUUGGUCUUUUACACAUUAGUGACUAAGACGCAGAUCAGAUGCCACAGCAGCAAUUCAAGAUCAAAACUCCAUUGUGUGCUCCCCUGAUUAAGUAUGAAGCUAAGAAAAAAAUUAUGCAGUUAAGUUUUGAAGCAUUGUGACACUGGUGAAGAGCUUUGCCUUUGAAUUAUGGUUAAAAGACAUGUACAUCUCCUUAUAAAUUUACUCUGACCUGUUUGAUACAAUUUAUUGGUAAUUUUGUCCGGGUUGCUAGAGGAAACAUUAAAUUCUCUGGAAAUCAAUGCGUACAUCUGUGAAGCUUGAAAUACGUCAUUAGGGGUUGAGAGGAGAAAUGUUAAACAAAAAGUAUUGAGGCAACAAAGGAAUUCACAAGACAAAUUGAGUUUUAAUUUUUGUAAGAACUUCAAGGUACAGAAGGAUGAUGCACUUUUCUUCCUGUGCUGGCUGUGUCUCCUGCUCAGCACAUAUUAAAGAAAUGUUAGCAGUUUGGACACCUUUAGAGGAUGCCAGCCCAGAGAGUACAAGAAGUAUGGACUGUCAAGAUGAAAUUUAUGGAAACUGUGAUCCUGCUGUAUUUAAAACUGAAUAAACUUAGCAGACAGGCACAGGUGUUGCUUGUCAGUGGAUAUUUGAUGCAUACUGUGUUGUAGGCUAGUGUUUUCUUGCGUGCCUUGGAAGCGGCCCAGAGCUUUGGCCUCGAGGGAACCUUCUACUUAGGAUAUGCCUUGGUCACAUUGUAAGCAGUGUGACUUGGGCCACAGUAAGUUGUGUUGUUUUCUAAAAUAGGGUCAGGGGAAUCCUUAUAAGUAGAAUUCAAAAGUCUGGAUUUCUUGGUAAAUGUUAGAAUAGCCCAAACUGUAACAAAUUGUACUGCAGUGCACAAAUUAUAGAAUAAUCUAAUAUUGUACAAAAGUAUGCAGACAAUGGAUAUUUUGAAGUAAUGCCAUUUAUAUAGUGAGGUGGUUAACUAUAAUGUCAUUUAUAUAGUGAGGUGAUGGUUAACCAUGUCCCCUUAUGAGCCAGCCUGUCAGGCAGCCCAGACACCAGAGACCCUUUUACCUAGAUAGGAGUUCCUGAGUAGCACUAGUUGUAUAUUAUUUUUGUAGGGUGCAGGUUCUAAUAGAGGCUCAACAUUUUGUGAUACUUUUCCAGCCUUGGCAUGAGUGCCUUACUUGUUACUACUGUGAUAAAGUUUUCAAACCUCUUUAUUUCCAAGGUCCAGUCUCCUAUACAUGCAGAAUGUUAGAAACUUUCAUGUUGGUAUAAUGCGUGUAGCAAUAACUUUUUUUUUUUUUACUUGGUGUGUACAUCGGCUGUUGCAACGACUUGUGGCUCAGUCUUACUCAACCUGUCCAUCCUCCAUUUCAAGUGUUACAUUUCUAGCCUCUCCUAUCUCUCUCCCUUCACUGGUUUUAGAACUUUCUAACACCUUGUGUACUAUGAUUAGUGCUGGCUGUCACAUCAGGCCUUUAAUUUUUGUAAAGUCCAGUGGCCUGUUAGUCCUAAUGAUGCAUCUUCUGUACACUCUCAUUUGGCGAGGUCAUUUUUUAAAGUUGUUAGUGGAAUUUCAUUAGUAAUUGCAUUGUCUGACUUUCAUGCAUUACAGUUUUCUAGUUGAUAAUGGUGAUGAAUGUAAUUGAGGAGAUUGAUGAAUAUAUAAAAAGCAAAAACACUUAUAAAUGAUGUUAAUUUAGCUUACAUAAUUUAUGAAAUGAUGAAAGUUAAUUUAACAUAUUAAGUUACAUUAUGAUAAUUUAACUUACAUAAUUUUCAUAAAGCUGGUCUUAGAUUAAUGUGCAUUGUUGUUAAGAGUGCCACAGUCACCUUGCUAAGUGCGAGUGUAUGCUGGCUCUUGGAGCCAUCAGGACAGGACUUCACCAUUACCAGUACAUUUUCCUACUGGUAAACUGAUAACACUCUUCUCACACUGAUGAUUCUCAUUGGUAUGAUGUGACUGGAGGUGAUUCAGUGCAAAGUAAUGUGUUAGUGUAAGGACGAAAUUCUGAGAUGUGCAUAAAUAUUCUUUUAUUACAAACAUUCAGGACUUAA